CCCGACGCAGCCGCAUCAAGGCCCUCGGUGACGCCAAGCGGCCACGGGCUGCGACGCCCGACGACGCCAUGACGUCGGGGGACGACAUCUCGAACGACAGCAACCGGCCAAGCAAGAAGGCCAAGCGCAAGGAAAAGCGAUACUGCAUCUGCGACGGCGAGAGCUUUGGUGCGAUGAUUGCGUGCGACAACAACGCCUGCAGCGACCGCUCCAACUGGUAUCACAUGCAAUGCGUCGGCCUCGAGACCACGCCCGAGACAUGGCUCUGUCCGCUUUGUCAGCCGCGAGCUGCAGCAACUUCCGAGUUGGUGCCAGAAAACCUGUUUCGCAAGCCGGCGCUCAGCACGACGUACGGCGACAUGAUCUCGCACGCGCUUCGCUCCAUGCCCCGCGGCGAGGGAACGUUCAAAGAUAUUUGCGAGUACAUUGAAGCGCAGUACGAGAGUCAACUCAACUGGAAGCUCGAGAGCGACCAGCGCAAGUCGCCCGUGUGGAAGUCGUCGGUGCGAAAAAUCCUCUUUUCCAACUCGCGUUUCAAGCGCCAUUCUAUCACCAAGGGCGUCUUUUGCCUCGUGCCGUCAGCAGCAGCGUAGAUGAAGUGCAGACAAGUUGUCAUUUGAUAACGGCAACAUACAAGUUGUCGUUUGAAUACAGGAUAUCGGGC